AUACAAGAUACAAGUGCGACAGCGACAGCAAAUACACGGCCGAGUGCAGUGCGAUUGCAGCGAAGGAGAAAAACCAAGGAAGUUGUUGAUUGCAGAGGCAGCCCAGACCUGCUAAAAAUUGAAAAAAAGUGAAACCGCUUUGUCGCGCACGGUUUUGGGGCUGAACAUGGCUCCAAGGAGCGGCUAAGAACACCAAGUUGAACUUCGGCUCGGCCUGUUUUAGCUAAAAACAACAAGCUACUCUAAAAGAACAAGACGGCGACUGCGACUGCGACGGCGACGGCCACUCCUUUUGUGUCCGACUCCGAGAUGUGUGCGUGUUCGUGUUCGUGUCCGCGUCCGCCUUUGUGUGUUUGUUAAAACUUGUGAUUGCUGAAUAAAUUAGGGCUGCAAAUAACGUAAUUAGCAGUGCGGGCGACUAUAAAAAGUGAAAAUCUUCUGCGUUUUCGAUUGUCUGCAGAAACUACAGCUACAGUUAGAGAUAAGAAGAGCUCACACACACACGCACACAUACACACGUAGAGAGCGCAGAACAAAAGUGUGCGUGCGUGUGAAUGUGUUUAUGACUCACGGCUGGCCAGUGAGAGGGAGUAGGAAAGAGAGAGCGAGAGUGGCUUGAGCUACCUACGGCAACAAAGCGAGCUCGAAACAACAACAAAUCCGCCGACUGAAUAGAAUUUCCCAAGUUCCCAAGAGCGGAACUAAUCGACGUUGAAGGAAAAAUUCCAAAGUCCCACACACACAGACAGGAACAGGACCAUGAGUUUCACCAAGUGGUUCAAGAAGAAGGAGCAGAUCUCGGAGAUCGGUGCCCCCACCAACUUCCAGCGGCACUUCCAUGUGUCCCGCAACCAGGAGACGGGCGACCUGGAGGGUCUGCCGGCCCCCUGGGUGCGGCUGAUGAACUCACAGAUCACCAGAGACGAGCAGGACAAGAAUCCGGAUGCGGCGUACCACGCCGUCAAGUACUACAACUACUCCAUCAAGAAGAAGGAGAACGAAGUCUUCAAGCCCUUCAUCACCGAGGACGUGAUCCACGAGGAGUCCAAAGAAAUCGAGAACUAUGUCAACUACAAGAACAAGCACAAGUCCCAGGAUCCGGAGAAAUCGGACGACGAUGGAACGGCCACAGAGAGCAGCAGCGGCUGUGGAUCCUCGGCGGGCAACAGCAACAGCAGCAGCAUCAACGACAGCAGCCAGCAGUCGGCGGUGCCACUGGAUGCCCUGGAAGAGGUAUUCAAGGAGCUGAAGUCCAGCCUGGAACACCGUGAGACCUUGAAGGCGACACCACCCUCGCUACAGGAGCCACCGCCAGUGCCGCCCAAGAAGUCACCGCACGCCAUGGCCCCCAAGCCACAAAUCAAGCCCAAACCCCGGGUUACUCAGAAGUUCUCGCGCGCCUCCGACCUGCGGCGGGAGGAGGACGGCGAACAGCCUCACAAGAUCAACACAGACACGAUCAUCAUCAAGCCGGCGGCCACGGGCCAGCACAUAGACGCCGGAGGCGACGACAACCCGGACGAGACGAUACUGCGCCGGUCGAAGGAGAAGCGGACGCAGAAAACCGACGCCGAGAUCUACGAUGAGCUGCGAGCCAUCUGCAAUCCCGAGGAUCCCCGCGAGCGAUACAAGACUACCCAGGAGGUGGGCAAGGGCGCCUCCGGAAUCGUGUUCAUCGCUGGCGACCUGCAGAACGAGUCCCAGGUGGCCGUCAAGACGAUCGACAUGAAGAACCAGUCCUCCAAGGACCUCAUCCUCACCGAAAUAAGGGUGCUGAAAGACUUCAACCACAAGAAUCUGGUUAACUUUUUGGAUGCCUACCUGCUGGAGCCCGAGGAUCAGUUGUGGGUGGUCAUGGAGUACAUGGACGGCGGCCCGCUGACCGACGUCGUCACCGAGACUGUGAUGAAGGAGCGCCAGAUCGCCUGCGUCUGCCGCGAGGUGCUCUAUGCCAUUAGCUUCCUGCACGCCAAGGGCAUCAUCCACCGGGACAUCAAGUCGGACAACGUGCUGCUCGGCAUGGACGGCUGCGUGAAGGUGACUGACUUUGGCUUUUGCGCCAACAUCGAGGGCGACGAGAAGCGCCAGACGAUGGUGGGCACUCCGUACUGGAUGGCGCCCGAGGUGGUCACGCGCAAGAAGUACGGCAAGAAGGUGGACAUCUGGUCCAUCGGCAUCAUGGCCAUCGAGAUGAUCGAGGGCCAGCCGCCCUAUCUCUACGAAACCCCGCUCCGCGCCCUCUACUUGAUCGCCGCCAACGGCCGGCCGGACAUCAAGAGCUGGGACAAGCUCAGUCCCAAUCUGCAGGACUUCCUCGACCGCUGCCUCCAGGUGGAGGUGGACCGGCGGGCCACGGCCGACGAGCUGCUCUUCCAUCCCUUCCUCAACGACUGCAGCGAGGUGAAGGCACUGGUGCCCAACAUCAAGGCGGCCAAGAAAGUGCUCCGUCGCAACGUAUAGUUGCUGUGCAAUCACCGUGCGGCCAGGCUGCUCUACGCGUGAUCGGUAUCGGGACUGGGACUGUGACUGGGACUGGGUACUGGGAUGGGGCCUGCUGCCUUUGUGAAUAAUGAGUUUUCAAUGUAAAUUUGUUUUGUGUGGACGACGCAACCGGAACCGGAACUGGAACAGAAUGCUGACCGUAGUCUUUGUAGUGUGUAUGUACAACCAUAGAAAUAGCGAGAUCAGGACUAGGACUCUGCCACUCCCCGUCGAAAUC